AUGGAUCAUUUACUAGGAGAAAAUCCAGACCUAUGGGGAGUCGUGUUGGACGGUCCAACCAUACCCAUGAAGAAUGGAAUUGAUGGAACCACUAAAGUACCAAAAGAUAGGAAAGAAUGGAAUGCUGCAGAUAAACUUGCAAUUCAGAACAAUGCUAAAGCAAAAAAGAUCUUGAUAUGCGGAUUAGGUCCAGAUGAAUACAAUCGAAUAUCAUCAUGUCAAGAUGCUAAAGCAAUAUGGGAAACUUUGCAAACUGCGCGUGAAGGAACAACUCAGGUAAAGAAGUCUAAAAUAGAUAACUUGAACAGACAAUAUGAACUGUUUCGAAUGACAGAAGGUGAAACAAUCCAAGAGAUGCAUACCAGGUUCACUAAUAUCAUUAAUGAAAUCUACUAA